AUGGCGACACUGGUUGUAGCCUGUCCCUGCGCCAUUAGCCUGAGCCAACCUGCUGCCGUAAUGAUUGCUAGUGGAACAAGUGCGGCGCGAGGUAUAGUGCUGAAACGUGGCGCGUUGACUUUGCGGAUGCUUUCAAGUGCCACAACAGUUAUUUUCGAUAAGACGGGGACGCUGACCUCCGGUAAAAUAUCCGUCUAUAGGUUUGAAAUGAGCGGUGAUAUCUCCCAGGAAAGGUGGUGGGAGAUAAUUGCAUUAGCGGAAGAAAAGGCUCCCUCACACUGGGCGCGGAGCAUUCUUCUAGAUUAUUCCGACGCCAGAGUCCCGGGGAAGUGCAAGGUAGGGCUCCAGGUGCUCAACUAUGAGAAUUUAUCUGGCCCAGGCAUCGGAUCUGUUAUUGGUCCACACUCAGUGUGCAUGGGUAACGCUGCGAUGCUUCGUGAAUGUGGUAUACAUGAUUCCGAGCGCAAAAUGGAAGCUGAUUUGGCUGCAAUGGGGGCUUCAGAAAUGUGUGUUCUGCUGGCUCUGGACGGAGACUAUGCUGGCUACAUCACCUUUCGAGCCUAA